CUUCUUGCUUUCCCAUUUCCUUCCACCUCCUUCAUCCAUCCCAUCCCCCCGCCAUAUAAAGUACCGCAUUCCUUAUCUACAUGGGCAGAGAGAGGAUGCCCAGCACCCUCAGCAGCUGCAGCAAUGGCGGGAAAGUUAUUCAGCGGGUUCAGGGAGCUGCGGCCGCUACUCCACCUCCUCGUGCCACUCUGCCUCCACUGGACAGCCGAGGAAAUGACAGUCUCUGUCCUCGUCGACGUCGUCACCGAUGCCCUCUGUCCCGGAGACACCACCUGCUCUCAAGUCAUCUACAUCAACGGCCUCCAACAGACGGUUGUUGGAGUUUUCAAGAUGGUCGUGCUUCCAAUACUGGGUCAGCUUGCCGAUGAACACGGACGCAAACCGAUGCUCCUUCUCACACUGUCAACAUCGAUAUUCCCCUUUGCUGUACUUGCAUGUGGCCAGUCCAAGGGGUUUGUCUAUGCUUAUUAUGUGCUCCGUACAAUUUCGUACAUUCUAAGCCAAGGAAGUAUAUUCUGCAUUUCUGUGGCAUAUGCGGCAGAUGUUGUGGAAGAAAGAAAGAGGAUCGCGGCAUUUAGUUGGAUUACCGGUCUUUUUUCUACUUCUCACAUCGUGGGAAAUUUGCUGGCAAGAUUUCUCCCCGAAAGUUGCAUAUUCUACGUUUCAAUAGCCUUGUUGAUCCUUGGGGUGGUCUAUCUGCAACUUUUUUUGCGUGAGACGUUCAGAGCAGCUCCAACGAAUGAACAAGAAUCAGCGUUUGUCACUAGAGUAUCUAAGGUUCUAUACAAUCGAUACAAGUCCAUGAAAGACGCUGCAACACUGGUUUUGAGCAGUGCAACGCUCAGGGUGAUUUCUCUGGUUCUGUUCUUCUAUGAGCUGGGGAUGUCUGGCAUCAGUAACAUCUUACUGUACUAUCUCAAAGCAAUAUUUGGCUUCGACAAGAAUCAAUUAUCGGAAAUUCUUAUUGUUGUGGAAGCAGGUGCUGUAGUUUCCCAGAUGCUGGUGCUCCCUCUUAUUAAUCCUUAUGUCGGAGAGAAAAUAAUACUUUGUGCAGCCUUACUUGCAUCAGUUGCUUAUGGAUUGUUCUAUGGCUUUGCGUGGGCAUCAUGGGUACCAUACCUAAGCGCCUCCUUUGGAGUCAUUUACAUUCUUGUUAAGCCUUCGACUUAUGCAAUCAUCUCAAAAGCAUCUAGCUCCACCAACCAGGGCAAGGCACAAGGUUUUAUUGCCGGUGUGGAAUCAAUAGCAAGUUUCCUAUCGCCCCUCGCCAUGAGUCCCCUGACUUCCUUGUUCUUAUCCAGCAGUGCCCCUUUCAACUGCAAGGGAUUUAGCAUCAUAUGUGCCUCCGUUUGCAUGGUCAUAUCUCUAUGCUGUGCCUGCCUGCUAAAACCAGAGAGAAGCACGAGCUCCGACCCUGAGGACUUCGGAGAAGACUCAGAAGCUCCAUUACUUGGCAGCAGCAGUUGAUAUACAGGCCAUUGCUUGCAGCAGUAUUUUACGUGCAGUAAUCUAAUUAAACCGUUAGUGAGGAUCGAUUCACCCUUCCAAUUUCAUGAUGUGGACUAGACAUUAGAUGGUGAUCAGCUGAGGUGUACUGUAUGUGCAAAGAAUAAUAAAGAAGCAGCCAAAUGUAUGAGAGACCGGCCAGUCGUUAAGGCGGUAGGAAAAGUCGUUAAGGAUUGUAUAAUAAAUUAGUAAUGUUAACUAGUGAGCAUGAUGCCACGGGAGGAUACUAUUGCGAAUGUUAUAAUUUAUUUUAAGUACGUUAAAUUAUAUAUAUGUCAUAAAUCUAUCAGUAAAAAAAAUGUAAUUAGAUAUCACGAAAUAAAAAUAGUCUUUUCAAUACAA